AUGUGUAAAACCACCACAAGCAAAAAUUCCAGUGAAAAAACUCAAAAUGAAGGAACACCAGUGGAAGAAGCCGAAUACUCAACUAUUGUUGGCACUAAUGUUGAAGCUCUUCCCGAAGGAGAAUAUGCAACCAUGGGAAUAACAAAUUCCCCGCAUAACAAACAGGAACUCCCAGAAAGAAAUCCAUAUCAAAGUAAACUCAGCGUAAAGAUUACUAAGAAAACGAACGUCGAAGCAGCAGGACCAACUGAUGAGUAUGCCACUAUACUAAACAGUACCAAAAUGAAUGCAAAAGUGACCGAAAGCGAAUACACUGUCAUGCAAGGUAGUUCAAAAAAAGAUAAAGGCAAGCUAAAUACAGAUAAACAACUCCAAAUUCUGGACGAAACAAAAGAAUCCACAAUCAACACUAUGAGCACGCAAAAUAUAUCAUCUGAAAAUGCUGAGCUUUAUGCGGCUGUGAUUCCAAAAUCUAAGCGAACAACUAUUAAUAAAAGACAGAGCACUCGUGGAGACACACAGAAGUCGGUGGUAACCAAAAUCGAACCUGUGAUCGGAGAAAUAAAUGACCCUCCUGUCAAUGAUUUGUACUCUUCAUUGAUCAAGCAAUCACAUGCGGGUGCCACAGGACCUUCAGAUCGAAUGUAUGACGUUUUGAAUUCACGAGAUGGCUCAGUGGAAGCUUUGUCAAAAAUAGCGCAGCCCUCCAUUAAAAACCAACACGAUUCAAAAUACGAAGAAACAAUGCUGAAUUCAGGAGACCUGCCCAUGGGAACAGCGAGCAAUCAACCAGAAAAACAAAUCGAUUACGUAGAAGAAGCCAUGUAUUCUUCAUUGUCUGAUGCGUCCACCACCACAGGCGUACCUACAACUUCGGAAACAGCUAAAAAAUCAUUGAAAGCUGAAAAUUCCACACUUAAUGACAAGGAAAAUGAAACUGAAAUGUACGCAUUAUUGAAAAUCAAUCCUGAUGCUAACACCACAAACGAACAAAUGUAUGAUGUACUGAAAUUAUGAAGAGACUAAAUGGUUUCAUAUUUUCCUAAAGUUGGGGGAAUAAAAAUAUAACUUUUUUUGUUCAUUUUUUGAUGAUAUAUUCUCUAUAUUUAUUUAUUAUAUAACUCUUAUAUUUAUAUUAUAAAUCAUUUAUAAUAUAACUAAAUCUUGAAAAUACAGUAGAUAUCGAAGAUGAAACUAGCCUCUGCCUGACA